AUGGCUCCUGCGAAAAAGAUGUGCCGUUUACCACCACCAAAGAGGGCAUUAAUUGAAGCAUACUCAUCGCAAACUGAUACACCUACAUCUACUCCUGAAGGUGUUGCAGUAGAUGGGUCUGAACAAGCUGCAUUGUCAGGAUCUGAGACUGUUGCACCAUCUCCGUCUGAAAGUAAUGCACCAGCUGCAUCUGAGAGUGGUGAAGUAUCUCCAUUUGAAACGAAUCCACCAUCUCCUCAUAGUCAACCGAGUGGCGCAGGUGCAUCUUCAUCAAAGCGUGUGCGGGGACCAACAGUUGGAAAAGCAACAGCAAAAAGAAUUGCCAACAAUAAUGGAAACAAGCUGUACAUUCCAAUCACGGAGACAUUCAAUGCAUUCGAAGGUGUGCUAGCGACCCCAGGAUCGAAUGAGAUCGGCCUUCAGAUUAGGAGGAUGUGCCCCAUUCAAGGCGUUAAGAGUUGGACUGUUGCUGAUCCAGCAACAAAAGCUGCUGUUGUACAAGCUGUCCGGGUAUGAUUAAAUUGCUUUCAUAGUCUGU